AUGAGUACAGUUUAUCAAAAGAUGGAACAUGAUGAUGCCUUUGAAAAUAUCAUGAAUGGUGUCAUGGGAGACUUGACUGCUAAUGUUAAAACCAUUGACAAACUGUCAUUAGACUUGCAAGCAAAAGAAGAAGAGGUUAAAAAAGCUGUAGACUUGGUAGCAAAAAGUGUGAAGAUGAAGGAAGACUUUGAAAAGACAGUAUAUGGAAAGUGUGCCAACAUUAUCAAUAUGAAGAAACUAAGGAUGCGUCAGCUUACUAGUCAGUCAUUGACAGCAGCAAAGGCAAAUGACACAACUCCGGUCACUCAAGACACAGCAAGUGAUUCUCCUUCCAAAGCGAGUAAAGCCAACAGCAGUGAUAGUGAAUGCUACAACUCCGACACUGAUGUAGAUGACCCAGAUGGCAUGGACACAGAUGAAGAGAACCUUAGAAGCAUAUCCCCAAAGAAGCAUGGAAGAAAUGGCAAUACAUUGACGGAAAAGAAGUCUGUGGCAUCGAAACGAGUCAUUGAUUCACAGGAUGAUCUUUUGAAUGAUAGCCUUGAGGCAGAAUUGUAUCCCACCUCAGGGAGUGACAAAAAGAGAAAGACUAAAGAUGAGAAAGGCAUUCACCCAAGAACUAGUGCAUCCCAGAUCAAAAACACUUCUGAAAAGGAAGCAGCUAAAAAAGAGACACAGGAUGAGAAAAAAUCUAAUUCUAGCACAUCGUUUCAAACAGAUUCACAAAAUUCAAUUCUUGAUGAGCUCUUUUAAUAUUGUUUUUUUUUUUUUUUAAUGAUUGAAUGAGGCAUGAAAAAAACACAUGAUACAAUAGUGAUAAUUUUACCUUUUAUAUUUCCUGGACUGUAUGGAUCCUUUGUAUUUUGGAUGUAUUUUUAUAUUUAGAUAUUUUAUUGGCCUUUAAUAUUCAGUGAAUGUUGUAUUUAUUGAGUCUUUUUAAUUGUGUACGUUAAAGUUUACCUUGGCUCACAUAUACAAAUAGGUUCUGUAUAGGAAUCAGAUUUAUAUAUAUUUUGUACAUAAUAAAGUAUUCUCACAGAAC